AUGGAGCUGGAACAUGAAGAUAUAAACACCAUGAUGACAAACAUAAGGCUGGAUUUUGAUCAAGAAAACAGUAUGGUCUGCAAGUGCAUUGGCAAUGACUCUAUUGCUCAGAUUUUCGAUGAGGAUGAGCCCAGCUUGCAGGAGGUAUGGCAGGCAUUCUUGGUGUUUGAUCACAACAAUGACGGGUACAUCGACGCGUCGGAUUUGGAGCGAGUGCUCCGGAGUCUAGGAUUAGGGGAAGGUGUAGGUAUGGAUGAGUGUGAGCAGAUGAUUGCCAAAUACGAUGUGAACAAGGACCGGAGAAUAGAUAUAGCAGAGUUCACCAAGGUUUUGGAGGCAGGCCUUUGCUAG